AGAAGAAGAUGCGUCGAUCGGCGAGCGCCUCCAUAGUUUCCGACCAACUCUCAGCGAGUUCUCCGUCACCGUCACCGUCACCGUCACCGUCACCGCCACGAAUUCAAUCCGCUGAAGAUUCCGAUGACGAUCAGCUUCUUCUGCCUAGGUACGAUCCAAACUCUCAUCCAGGGAAGAAGAAGAAGAACAAAUCGCGACUCAGAUCCGCCGAGAACGCUAUCCACUUCAUUCCGAUCGUACUCAUCCUCUGCGCCGUCAUACUCUGGCUGUUUUCUAAUCCAAUUUCGAUUCAUGAAACCUAACCCUAUAGUAUAGUCUCUCUUGUAAUUUACGUUUCCUUUUUUUUUUUGGGUUUGAUUACUCUGUUCAAGCUUUACUCUGUUCUUGUUUAGACAAUUACACAACAUUGUAUCAUUCUUUUACAUUAAAUCACAGAGUUUUAUCUAUUA